GUUCAGUGGAGGCGGUAGCUUCUUCGGCGUCGGGACUGGAGGCUGGGAGCUAAACUGUGUGGGGCGCAAAUGGGAUCCGGCUGUUAGUCGGGUAGGCAUAGCUUUGUGUUAUUCUUGGAAAAUUUCGCACCACUUGUGAAUUCCUUGAACCUGGGCAUUGCAAACCUACUUCUGUUGGGCCCAUCUCCUUUGUACUUUGCUCAGAUUAAGACUCAGUUGGCGCUUCAGCAGCUGAAUGCCGUUGCCUCACAUAGCUCAACACCACCUUAUACUUUAUUAAAUCAGGCUUUCUUGAAAAUAGCCAUGUCGAGACCCAGGUUUAAUCCUCGAGGAAACUUUCCACUUCCGAGGCCACGAGCACCUAACCCUUCUGGGAUGAGGCCUCCAGGACCAUUUAUGAGGCCUGGAUCUAUGGGUCUUCCAAGAUUUUACCCAGCAGGGAGAGCCCGUGGAAUUCCACACAGAUUUGCUGGCCAUGAGUCUUAUCAGAACAUGGGACCACAGAGGAUGAAUGUUCAGGUAACUCAACACCGAACUGAUCCAAGAUUGACCAAAGAAAAACUGGAUUUUCAUGAAGCACAACAAAUGAAGGGGAAGCCUCAUGGUAGCCGGUGGGAUGAUGAGUCUCAGAUAUCUGCAUCAGUGGGAGUAAAACAGAGUUCUGUAACACAGGUUACAGAGCAAGGCCCUAAAGUACAGAGCCGCUAUACAAAGGAGAGUGCCUCCAGCAUCUUAGCAAGUUUUGGAUUAUCUAAUGAAGAUUUAGAAGAACUCAGUCGCUAUCCUGAUGAACAGCUAACUCCUGAAAAUAUGCCAUUAAUUUUGAGGGAUAUAAGAAUGCGAAAAAUGGGGCGCCGAUUACCUAAUUUACCUUCUCAGAGCAGAAAUAAAGAAACCUUUGGUAGCGAAGCAGUUUCAAGUAAUGUGAUUGAUUAUGGGCAUGCAAGCAAAUAUGGCUACACAGAAGAUCCACUUGAAGUACGUAUUUAUGAUCCUGAAAUUCCAACUGAUGAGGUCAAGAAUGAAUUUCGGUCACAGCAGAGCAUUUCUGCGUCUGUUCCUGCACCAAAUGUGAUAUGUAAUUCUAUGUUUCCUGUUGAAGAUGUGUUUCGACAGAUGGACUUCCCCAGUGAGUCCUCCAAUAAUCAAUCCUUUUUCCCAGUUGAGAGUGGAACUAAAAUGUCAGGCUUACACAUUUCAGGAAGACAGUCAGUCCUUGAACCUGUAAAAUGUGUCAGCCAGUCCAUUAACCAAACAGUUAACCAGACAAUGAGUCGGUCUCUGAUUCCUCCAUCUAUGAACCAGCAGCCUUUUUCAUCGGAAUUAAUUUCAGCUGUAAGCCAACAAGAGCGGAUCCCACGUGAGCCUGUGAUUAAUUCAUCUAAUGUACACAGAUCAGGAGGAAGUAAAAAGAAUUAUCAGACAGAGGCUGACAUUCCCAUUCAGUCUCCCUUUGGGAUUGUGAAAGCAUCCUGGCUACCAAAGUUUUCACAUGCUGAUGCCCAGAAGAUGAAGAGACUUCCAACUCCUUCUAUGAUGAAUGAUUAUUAUGCAGCAUCUCCAAGAAUAUUCCCACAUUUGUGUUCUCUGUGUAACGUAGAAUGUAGUCAUUUGAAGGAUUGGAUUCAGCAUCAAAAUACAUCUACUCAUAUUGAGAGCUGCCGACAGUUACGUCAACAUUUGUCACCUCAAAGCAAGAAGAAGGAAGCAAAAGCUUUCUCAGAAGUCUUAGAAUCUAUCACUGACUAUCUUCUAAGGAGGUAUCCUGAUUGGAAUCCUGAGAUCCUUCCAUCAAGAAGAAAUGAAGGCAAUAGAAAAGAAAAUGAAACUCCAAGAAGACGUUCUCAUUCCCUCAGUCCUAGACAUUCUAGGAGAUCAAGCUCAAGUCACAGAUUCCAUCGAUCUCGAAGCCCAACACGUUAUAUAUAUAGGCCAAGAAGUCGAAGUCCAAGAAUUUGCCAUCGUUUCAUUGCUAGAUACAGAUCCAGGUCUCGUUCACCAUAUCGAAUGAGAAAUCCAUUUAGAGGUAGUCCAAAAAGCUAUCGAUCAGUUAGUCCUGACAGGAUAUCAAGGAGAUCAGUGAGAUCAUCAGAAAGAAAAAGAGCAUUAGAAGAUGUAGCACAACGAUCUGGGCAUGUGUCAGAAUUCAAUAAACAGAAGCAUUUAGAAGCAGUUGAUAAGGGACAGUCACCAGCACCAAAGCCUAAAACGGGCAGUGGAUCAAAGCCAUCAGUUAAAUCUACAAGCUCUACGAAGAAUGAUUCAAAUUUAGGAGGAUGUUCUAUUCGUUACAAAUCAAAGAAUCUUGAAGAUGGCACAUUAUCAGAAUGUAAACAGGUGUCUGGUAAAGCUGUUUCUGUCCAGCGUAAGCUUCGGAAAGACCAGCCUUUGUAUUAUGGUUCAGUUCUUCUUAUAUCUGAAUUACCAGAAGAUGGCUAUACUGAAGAAGAUAUUAAAAAACUAUUUCAACCAUUUGGAAAAGUUAAUGAUGUCCUGAUUGUUCCAUAUAGAAAGGAGGCUUACUUGAAAAUGGAAUUUAAGGAGGCAGUUACUGCAGUCAUGAAGUACAUUGAAACAACACCUCUUUUGGUAAAAGGGAAAAAUGUGAAAGUAUGUGUUACAGGAAAGAAAAAAACACAGAACAAAGAAGUGAAGAAAAAGACAGCAGAUUCCAAGAAAACAUCUGCACCUACUUUAAAAAAAGAUGCAGAUGCUUCCAAAGCUGUUGAAACUGUGACUUCAUCUUCUGCUACCAAAACUGGACAAGCCAAGACAUCUGUAGCCAAAGUGAAUAAAUCUUCAGGGAAAUCAACGGGUUCUGUAAAAUCUGUGGUAACAGUAGCUGCUAAAGGUAAUAAAGCUUCAGUCAAAACAGCAAAAUCCAGUGGAAAGAAGUCUCUAGAAGUCAAGAAGACUGGCAUUGUCAAAAACAAAGAUGUCAGUAAACCUAUGGCUAUAUCAGAAAACCCUGAAGUAAAGACCAGUGUGGAAGUUAAAGCCACUGAAAAUAGUGCUAAAGAAACUAUUUCAGAAGCUGCUUUGGUGGUCACAGAAAAUGAAACAGUUAACAAGGAAACAGAGGAAAUGUGUGUGGUACUCAUUUCUAAUUUGCCAAAUAAAGGAUAUUCUAUAGAAGAAGCUCAUAACCUAGUAAAACCAUUUGGUGAUGCAAAGGAUAUUUUGAUUUUAUCAUCUCAUAAAAAGGCAAUUAUAGAAAUAAAUAGGAAAUCUGCAGAGUCUUUGGUAAAAUUUUAUACCUGUUUCCCAAUAUCAGUGGAUGGAAAUCAACUCUCAAUAAGUAUGGCUCCUGAAAACAUGAGUGUAAAAGAUGAGGAAGCUACAUUUAUAGCCUUGAUUAAAGAAAAUGAUCCAGAGGCAAAUAUAGAUAAAAUAUACAAUCAAUUUGUACAUCUUGAUAACUUGCCUGAAGAUGGACUUCAGUGUAUACUUUGUAUAGGACUUCAGUUUGGAAAAGUGGAUCAUCAUAUAUUCUUGAGUAAUAAAAACAAGGCAAUUCUUCAGUUAGAUAGUCCUGAAUCUGCUCAGUCAAUGUACAGCUUUCUGAAACAAAAUCCACAGAACAUAGGUGACCAUGUAUUGACCUGUACAUUAUCUCCAAAGGUGGACUCAUUAGAGGCUCAAGCUGAGAAAGAAGACCAAGAACUAAGAAAAGAAAGCCCUGACUUGAAAAACAACCCAGUUGAUGAAAGUGAGGUGCAAACAGCAGCUGAUAGUCCCACUGUUAAACCUAGUGAGGUUGAAGAAGAAACUAUUCCCAGCAUUCAAACAGAAACUUCUGUACAACAGGAAGAGUCUUGUGAGGAAGAACCUGAAAAAACACUCUGUGACUCUGACUUUACUAUUGAAACGUUAGAAGUUGAGACUCAAGGAGAGGAGGUCAAAGUGGAAAUUCCUCUUGUAGAAUCCAUUCCAGCCAGUAUUGAAUUAUUCACGGAAAAUGUAGAGGAGUCUGUUUUAAAUCAGCAGGUGUAUACCAAUGACUUUGGGAAGGAAGAGGCCGAGAUUAUUAAUUCUGAAACAGAAUUAGCAACAUCUGACAGUGCAUUUAUAGAAGAAAGAAACAUCCAAGGAAUUCUAGAAGAAUGUCCAUCUGAAGCAGAAGACUUCUUUUCUGGGAUUACAGAGGCUAUGAUAGAAGCUAUAGCUGAAGUAGACAAACAUGAAACUGUUCCAGAAAUAGUACCAUCUACUUGUGUUGUGGCCUUAGUUCCAGGAAUUUCCACUGGGGAUGAGAAUACGAGCAAAAAGGGAAUUUCUGAAAAAAAUAACAUGGAUGAAAAGGAGGAGAAUGAAUUUAAUAUUAAGGAAACCAAAAUGGAUCUGCAAAUAGGAACAGAGAAGGCUGAAAAGAAUGAUGCUAGGAUGGUUGCAGAGAAGUUGGAAAAGAUUGUGGUAGCAGUGAAAGAAAAGCCUGCAGAAAACACUGUGAUCAAGGCAUGCCCAAGUAAAGGAGUGGGUCAGGCCAAUAAGCCUGAGGAAACUAGUAAAACUAGUAUGCUGGCUGCAUCGAAUGCACCUAGCAGUAAAUCAAGCAUCAAGGCUGGUAUGGGCUCUUCUCCAAAGGCAAAAACUACAGCUUCAAAAUCUGAAAACCAGAAAAGUUUUCUAAAAUCUGUACUCAGAGAUCAAAUAAAUGCUGAAAAGAAACUUUCAGCCAAGGAAUUGGGUUUUAAACCUACAAGUGCCAGGUUGGCUGAAAGCAGCAGUAAAUUCAAAUCCACUCAGAGCAGUAUUACCAGAGGAAGCGGUGGAAGGAUCUCAGUCCUGCAAGAGAAGGAUUCUAAACUGGAUUACAGGGAUAUUACAAAACAGUCUCAGGAAACAGAGGCUAGAUCUUCCAUCAUGAAACGGGAUGACAGCAACAAUAAGACUAUGGUUGGGCAAAACAUUAAGAAUCCUAAAAGCACCACUGGUAGAAGUUCCAAAUCUAAAGAGGAAUCAUUAUUUCCAUUUAAUCUGGAUGAAUUUGUUACUGUGGAUGAGGUUAUUGAAGAAGUGAAUCCUUUGCAAGCCAAGCAGAAUCCACUGAAGGGAAAAAGGAAAGAAGCUCUCAAAAAUAUCCCUUCUUCUGAACUUAAUUUAAAGAAGAAGAAGGGGAAAAUUUCUUCCCCUCAUGUUGUUGAGGGAGAAUUAUCUUUUGUAACAUUGGAUGAGAUUGGGGAAGAGGAAGAUGCAGCUGCACAUCUAGCACAAGCUCUUGUCACUGUAGAUGAAGUAAUUGAUGAAGAAGAAAUAAAUAUGGAAGAAAUGGUAAAAAAUUCAAAUUCACUUCUUACAUUAGAUGAGUUAAUUGAUCAAGAUGAUUGCAUUUCCCACGGUGAACCUAAAGAUGUUACUGUACUGUCGGUGGCUGAAGAACAAGAUCUUCUCAAACAGGAACGCUUGGUAACUGUGGAUGAAAUUGGAGAAGUAGAAGAGCUACCUUUAAAUGAGUCAGCAGACUUAAAUUUUGCCACUUUAAAUACUAAAGGAAAUGAGGGAAAUACUGGAAGGGAUUCCAUUGGGUUCAUUUCUUCUCAGAUGCCUGAAGACCCUUCUACUUUAGUUACUGUUGAUGAAAUACAGGAUGACAGCAGUGAUCUGCACUUAGUGACUUUGGACGAAGUAACUGAAGAAGAUGAAGACUCCGUGGCAGAUUUUAACAACCUUAAAGAAGAGCUUAAUUUUGUUACUGUUGAUGAAGUUGGAGAAGAGGAAGAUGGAGACGAUUUAAAAGUCGAGUUAGCACAAAGCAAAAGUGAUCAUCCCACAGAUAAAAGGGGGGAUAAGAAGAAGAAAGCUGUGGAUACAAGGAAGACAAAACUUGAAGCCUCGUCACAAGUGGAUCCAAUAAGUGAGAAUGUUACAGAAGAAGAUCUGAACACCAUGAUUGAAAGGCACUUAGCAGCUAAAAUGCCUACCAAGAGAGUUAGAAUUGAAAAAACUCCACCAUUGGAAAAAGCUGUUGAAACAGAACCAGAGCAAGUUGAAGAGGCCUACCAGAUUAGUGAAGUUGAUGAAGAAUCUGACUUUAAGGAUUCAGAACCAGAACGAAAACGCAAGAAGACUGAGGACUCUUCCUCAGGGAACUCAGUGGAAGCUGAUGCCUCUGAAGAUUUAGACUUUCUUGUACCGAAGCCUGGAUUCUUCUGUCCAAUUUGUUCUCUCUUCUACUCAGGUGAAAGAGCAAUGACAAAUCACUGCAAGAGUACACGUCAUAAGAAAAAUACAGAGAAGUUCAUGGCCAAGCAAAGAAAGGAAAAGGAGCAGAAUGAGGUUGAAGAAAGAAGCUCCAGCUCUAGGUGAUUGGGGGAAAGGGGAAAAAUUUGUUAGAAAUUUGUUUAGGGUCCAGUUGAUUUGUGUAUUUUUGUUAUCACUUAAUUUGUAAUUUUUGUUUCAGAAACAAAUAUUCAUGUUGUACAAAUUUCUGAUUGCCCUUGAUGUAGAGACUGAUGGGGAAAGUAUGAUGGGUUUGAUUUUUAUAUCAAAUCAUCAGGCAUGGAGAAAUAUCUUUUAGAAGUGUUAAAAUAAAUGUUCCUACUGUAUAU